CACACACCUUUAAAAAAAAUUCCUGCUUCUCUUUUCUUAAUAUUUUUUCUCGACUAUGAUAAUAUUAACAUAGCGCGAAAAAAAUUUACCCACCUGUAAAAAUUUUUUUCCGCACCGUCUCAUAGACACCAGGCGUUAACCUACAAAAAAAAAAAGAAAAAAAAAUAAAUCAUCAAAAAAAUUAUUCGCAACAAACAACAUGGAUAAGCCAGUGUGGAUUACCGUUCUACUAUUUUUAGUUACCAUUUUGCCAUACCAUGAAACAAGUGGACAAUCUGAUUUUACGAUAGAGUUACAUGUUCAAAAGUAUGUAGAAAAAGGAUCAUCCGUCACACUAUUUUGUGAGCACACAGUGGCGGACGAGGAUUUAUACAAGGUUACGUGGUUUAAAAAUAGUGGUUAUAAAUUAUUUGAAUACAUUAAGGGCAGAACCCCACCAUUUAGGAAUUUUACAAUACCAGGAGGAGAAAUAGAUUGGAGCCAAAGUAACGAUAAGCACCUAACACUAAGAAAUUUACAUUUUGAGGCAGCUGGCACUUAUUAUUGCGAAGUGACAACUGAUACGCCGAUUUUCUCAAAGGAGUCUGCAGAUGCGCCCAUGCAUGUCAUACUGCCUCAAACGGGUCCACCUAGAAUAACGUUUAAAAAGCGCCAAUUUUUCAUCAGUGAAAAAUUAGUGGCCAACUGUACGACGACACGAGCGCAACCAGCACCACACAUAACUUGGUUAAUUAAUGGGAAAAAGGCUAACGAGUCGGAUGUGAAGGCGCUUCAUCCACUGGCAACAGCGCAUCGCCCAAAGAACUACGAUCACUCAAAGACUCACAACCCAAUUAAGCAACUGCGGAACAUGAUGUCGACACCAAAUAGAGGUGAACCGUACGACGUGGGAAGUUACGGCUUCGAAAUCCAUCCGCACGGAAACUAUGAUAAUAAUUUUGACGUAGAUACGCGCUACCACGGAGAAUCCUACUUAGACAAAUAUGACAAUAAUAGAAAGCCAUUUGAAAAGCUGAGAGAGUCACACAGACAGGCGCACAGCAAAAAGUAUCGACGCUAUGUGCCGGAAGCGAGCAGUAACAUCGGCAACAGCGGCAGCAGCAGCGUCAUGCACAAAGCUUUACACAAACCCACAAUUUCGAGCAGUCAACUGAGCGUGGCGGUGUCUGAGCUCGAGCCUGGCUCGAAUGGCAAGCUGGAAAUUACGUGUUUGGCAACGAUACCGGCUCACGUGGGACCCGGCGAGCAGUAUGCCGACUACAAAACGUACUCGGUGAAAAUCGAGAUAGAGAAACCCGAAUUAACAUCGACAUUGCCAUCGAUGAGUGGACCAGCUGCGUCAAUUGGAAAUGGGGCACAAGCGAAUGGCAACGGCAACAAUAAUGGCGGUAACAAUAACGGUGGCAAUGCCAUGCCCGUAAGUAAAUCAUUUUCCAUGCGUAAUCAAAUCGCAUUUGUUUGCUUGCCAACUAUCCUCCUGAGUUUAUAUCGCUUCACGUUCUACUCGUACACGAUAUAGACAAUUUCCGCACACAUU